AUGGUGUUCUCUGUCUUCUCUGAAGCCCUGGGAUUCAUGAACAAUUCAGUGACAAGCACUGUGACUGAGUUUGUCCUCCUAGGCUUUCCAGGUAGCCAGGAGAUGCAACUUGUCUUCUUCUCACUGUUCUUUGUGGUCUAUAUAUUUACCAUGAUGGGAAAUGGUACCAUUGUCUGUGCUGUGAGAUGGGACCAACGACUCCACACCCCGAUGUAUAUUCUCCUGGGAAACUUUGCUUUCCUUGAGAUCUUGUACAUUACCUCCACAGUACCCAGAAUGCUGGUCAAUUGCCUCUCAGAGACAAAAACCAUCUCCUUUGUUGGCUGUUUCCUCCAGUUCUAUUUUUUUACUUCCCUUGGUACAACGGAAGCCUAUUUCCUCUGCAUCAUGGCAUAUGAUCGGUACCUCGCCAUCUGCCACCCAUUACACUACCCAACCAUUAUGACCCUACAACUUUGCUACACCUUGAUGUUUCUUUGCUGGGUGUUCGGGUUCCUUAGUUACUCAGUCUCCACAGUGUAACUCUCCCAGCUGUCUUUCUGUGGGCCCAACAUAAUUGAUCACUUUAUGUGUGACAUGGACCCACUGAUGGCUCUGUCCUGUGCCCCAGCUCCUAUCACUGAGAUAGUUUUCUAUAUUCUGAGCUCCCUCAUUAUCAUCCUCACUCUUCUGUACAUCCUUGGCUCCUAUAUCCUUUUACUGAUGUUCAAAGUCCCUUCCACAGCUGGGAGACGAAAGGCCUUUUCCACCUGUGCCUCACAUCUGACAGCGGUGUGUUUAUUCUUUGGCUCCCUCUUGGCAAUGUACGUGAGCCCCACAUCUGACAACCUGGCUGAAAUUCAGAAGAUCAUGACUUUGUUCUAUACCAUGGUCACUCCCUUCUUAAACCCUCUAAUUUACAGCUUAAGAAACAAGGAGAUGAAGGCUGCAUUGAAGAAAGUUUAUAUCAGUAGUAAAUGUUUUAACAUUAGAUAA